AUGUCAACAAUAGGCUUUACUCAGAGCACAAAACUCAGUCGGGAGGAUUAUCGAAGGCAGAAAGAUUUAGAGGCAGCCAGAAAAGCUGGUACUGCUCCCGCUGAACAGGAUGAAGAAGGGAGGGACAUUAACCCUCAUAUACCGCAAUAUAUUGCCAAAGCACCCUGGUACCUUGAUACUGGUGGACCUACACUCAAACAUCAAAGGCUUCGGGAGGGCGAAACUUUAUCCAAACCUGAAACAUGGUAUAUGCGUGGAGUAAGAGCUGGUCCUGCCGCUACAAAAUAUCGAAAAGGUGCUUGCGAGAAUUGCGGUGCAAUGACUCACAAGACGAAAGAUUGCGUGGAACGACCAAGAAAACUUGGUGCAAAAUGGACGGGAAAAAAUAUUCAAGCUGACGAAAUAAUACAAGAGAUCGAAUUAGACUAUGAUGCAAAAAGAGAUCGGUGGAACGGAUAUGAUCCAUCAGAACAUGCCAAGAUUUACGAAGGCAAGUGA